AUGCCGCCAACGUCACAAGAACUCUCCCUCCUGAUCAAUCCGCUCGUCCCCGAGUCCCUUCAACACAACAACCGAGUCUUAACUCAACUCCAUUCCCUAACCUCAUUCCUCCUCGGCCUGACGGCCGGAAUCCUCGCGCUGCAAUCCGCAACGGGCUUCAUCUUCUAUUUGCUCGGCACAAUCACCGUCUCCGGGCUAUUCCACGCAGCCUUGAUAUACCGGUCGACGGGAAAGGGCGCUGGCGGGUUCUUCCCGGGCGCCGGCGGGGAAAUCGAGGGGCUUGUUGUAAGGGGGGAUGGGAUUGUCAAGGAUGCUGGGAGGGGCACACGGAAGGGCGCUUGGAGGGACGUUUGGUUUGGGGGUGGUGUUUUGGGCGAGGCCCUUAGUGGGUUUGUCCUUGGUUGGGCGGGUGUUGGUGGUGUUUUGAGGUGA